AUGUCGGCGGCUGAAGAGGAAGGGAAGGGUCACGACAAGCACUUUUGUGUGCUAUUCUGUAAUGGAAAUGGAAGGCUUAACCCAGAUUUAUCCUUUCAGCGGAUACCAAAGGCUCCAGAAAAGAGAAAGGAGUGGAUUCAAGCGAUUAGGAGAGACCCUGGUCCUCUGUUUACCAUAAGUGAUCAAACAGUUGUCUGCUUUCGCCAUUUUAAAAAGGAAGAUAUUAAAUGGACUCCAGUGAGGACAACGUUGAAACCUGGAUCGGUACCCUCAGUUUUCUCCUGGAAGGCAGAUACCAACAGUCGACGCCCAAUAGUUAAACACACCCUCCCAGAGAAAAGACCAAAGCAGGAAUUUGAGGAUCAUGUUUUGAGACCUGAGGAAAUGGAUUCUAGAAUGCUGGUCAUCAUGUCAGUAAGUUCUCCUCCUCCUGAUGAAAUACAUGAGAAGAAUAAGAGAAUCCAAGAAUUAGAAAAUUUGUUGCAGAAGAGGGAUGAGGAAAUCAAGACUCUACAACAGAAGAUUGAGGUUGAACGAUUUGGAAUUCAGCGGUUGAAGUGUGGUCUAAUGGCACAAGAUUUAGGAGUCAGAUUCAAUAUCAUGUUUCUACUGUUAGUCGAAAGAUCAUAA